CAUUACAGGGAAGAUCAACCUGCGAAGCCCAGGCUCUGAAAGCAGGCGCUGGACUUUUGUGAGCCAAGAGGUUGCAACACGCGCGCAGGCACACAUCCGCCGGCACAUCUGCAUGUGUUGGACGCCUCUGGCGACUUCUCCGGGUCCUGCCUGCCUGCGCUUCCUCCUCCCCCGCCCCCCCGUGAUCUGCUCUCUCCUCCUGAGCUCUGAAGACCGACAGAAAAAACUGUGGGCUGCAGGCUUGUUGGGCUGGCUCCUUUACCGGCCGCCUCCGUUGCCUGGAGUUUGACUGCGCCUCUCUCUUCUCCCUGGGCGGUGAGGGCGAGAGCCGGGGCGAAAGCGUGCGCGCGUGUCUUUGCUCUUGCAUUUUUGGGGAUGCUGGAGCCCCGGGCUGCGCGCUGGAGGCGAAAGGGGGAGGAUGUUGCCGCUGCCUCGUAAGAGAGGAAGGCGAAGGAAAGUGGAGGGGUCGCUCCGAAGAGCGGCGGCGGCAGGAGCAGGCGGCGGCGGCCCCAGAGGCCAGCGCCACCAGCAACCUGCGGGCAAGAGGAGGAGGGGAGGACCCCACCGCGGCCAGGUGGCGAUCCCGGCUGCAUUUCUCCGCCGCGUUGGAUCCCGCACGAGGCCACGGCCACCGCCGCGCAGGAGGCGAAGGUGCUGUUGCUCCUGCUGCAGCGGCUGCCAAAGUUUGGUCGCCCUCGGCCUCGUCCGUAGGGGGGGCAAAGGCGCCCCAGGGAUUAUGAGCAUCAGUGGACCACGACUCCGUCUCAACAGACCCCUUCAGAUUACUCAAAUCCAGCGUCAAGCUAAAAUGAAUGCCUUGCAGACUGAAGGAAGCUGAGGACGCUGUCACCAUUAGCACUGCAGCAAAAGGAAGUACUAAUCCAGCCGUCCUGUCUGUCUCCUGUCGACGUUUGGCACCUUGCUAUUGGCCACCUGCAAAGGACACAGUUACCUUAUCAUUCAGCAUACAUGGAGAGAGGCAACAAAAUGUGUAAUCCUGGCUAGUAAGACAGCAAGUUUCCUAGCCCAAGUGAGAGGCAGUGCAAUUAUAAAAGGAUUAUUUUGCAUAUAGCUUCUGGAACUUUACCUCUUACCCACACACAGGAGCACAGACACAGCAUCUAUUUUCAUUCUUAAAUUCUUUUUUGCUAGUAUUUUUUCCCUUUUUUCAGUAUUUUGUUUCUUCAUUUAGAAAUGGGCCCGUGGACUAGAAUGUGGCCCAUGGACAGGGCUGUUUUCUUUAAAUCGUGGUUUGUGUUUUCUCUGGGGCUUUACAUGCAGUUCUCCAAAGCUCUUGCCUGUCCAAGUGUGUGCCGCUGCGACCGGAACUUUGUCUAUUGUAAUGAGCGGAGCUUGACCUCAGUGCCUCUUGGAAUACCGGAGGGUGUAACCGUACUCUACCUCCACAAUAACCAAAUUAAUAAUGCUGGAUUUCCUGCAGAGCUGCAUAACGUCCAGUCUGUGCACACUGUCUAUCUGUAUGGCAACCAGCUGGAUGAAUUCCCCAUGAAUUUGCCCAAGAAUGUCAGAGUUCUCCACCUGCAGGAAAACAACAUCCAGACUAUUUCUCGGGCUGCUCUCGCACAGCUCUUGAAACUGGAAGAGUUGCAUCUAGAUGACAAUUCCAUCUCUACUGUAGGGGUUGAGGAUGGGGCAUUCCGGGAAGCUGUUAGCCUCAAGCUUCUAUUUUUGUCCAAGAAUCACUUAAGCAGUGUACCUGUUGGCCUUCCAGUGGACUUACAAGAACUACGAGUUGAUGAAAACCGAAUUGCCAUCAUAUCAGACAUGGCCUUCCAGAAUCUCACAAGCUUGGAACGUCUCAUAAUAGAUGGCAAUCUCCUUAACAAUAAAGGCAUUGCAGAUGGCACCUUCAGCCACCUUUCCAAACUUAAGGAAUUCUCUAUGGUACGGAAUUCACUAACAUACCCUCCCCCUGAUCUCCCAUGUACAAACCUACUUAGGCUUUAUCUACAGGACAACCAGAUAUCACACAUACCACUGUCAGCCUUUUCAAACCUCCACCAGCUGGAGCGACUUGAUAUAUCCAAUAAUCAGCUCCGGAUGCUGUCCAGAGGUGUGUUUGACAACCUUCACAACCUGAAACAACUCACAGCAAGGAAUAAUCCCUGGCUAUGUGAUUGUAGCAUUAAGUGGGUCACCGAAUGGCUCAAGUUAAUUCCUUCCUCUAUCAAUGUUCGAGGGUUCAUGUGUCAGGGGCCAGAACAUGUCCGAGGCAUGGCUGUCAGGGAGCUCAACAUGAAUAUGUUGUCAUGCCCCACAACCACCCCUGAUCUGUCAUUGGUAACCCAAGUUCCCACUACAUCCCUGCCAACCACAGUAGCCCCUACUUCACCCAUCUUUAGCCCAAGUAACAAAUACACUCCUCUUACCCCCACCGUAGCCACACUCCCCACUGUGCCUGAGAGGGACGAUGGAGAAAAAGUGACCCCUCCCAUUACCGAACAGUUUCAGCUCUUUAUCAGCAUUGUGAAUGACACUUGCAUCCAAGUCAGUUGGCAUUCCCUUUUUAAUGUGAUGGCAUACAAACUGACCUGGGUUAAAAUGGGUCACAGUCUGGAAGGAGGCAUUAUUCAGGAACGGAUAGUUAGCGACAAGAGACAGAACGUAAGCUUGGCAAGCCUAGAGCCCAAAUCCACGUAUCGGAUAUGCUUGGUCCCCUUGGAUGAUUUUAAUAAUUACCGAGUUGGCGAGGACACUGUCUGUUCUGAAGGCACCACCAAGGCUUCUCUGUUGAGCAAUGGAAGCAACACAGCUUCCAGCCACGAACAGACAACUUCUCAUAACAUUGGCUCCCCCUUUCUCUUGGCAGGCUUGAUUGGGGGGGCAGUGGUGUUUGUGCUGGUGGUUCUGCUCAGCAUCUUCUGCUGGCACAUGCACAAAAAGGGACGCUACACCUCUCAGAAGUGGAAAUACAACCGGGGCCGACGGAAAGACGACUACUGCGAGGCAGGGACCAAGAAGGACAACUCCAUCUUGGAGAUGACAGAAACCAGCUUUCAGAUUGUCUCCUUAAAUAAUGAUCAGCUCCUUAAAGGAGAUUUCAGACUGCAGCCCAUUUAUACCCCAAAUGGGGGCAUUAACUACACAGACUGCCACAUCCCCAACAACAUGCGCUAUUGCAACAGCAGUGUCUCAGACCUGGAGCACUGUCAUACGUGAUAGUGAGGGGCUGUGGCAAGAUACCCGUGGUUAAGUGCAAAAACUCGGAGGAAACAAAACAAACCUACUCACACACACACACAAAAAUUACAUUUGAUAAAUGUUACACAGAUGCAUUUGUGCAUUUGAAUACUCUGUAAUUUAUAUGGUGUACUAUAUAAUGGAAUUUUAAAAAAGUGCUAUCUUUUCUAUUUCAAGUUAAUUGCAAACAGUUUUGUAACUCUUUGCUUUUUAAAUCUUUAAAAAAAUAUAUUGCUGAAGUACUGUACAGGGUUGUACAAUAAGAACCCAAUGCCAUGGCAAAGGAAAGAAUGCCUCAUUCUUCAAACAUUAACACUUUGCUUUUAUGGAGCUGUUUGGGAGAUUCCAGCUCGUACAUCUUCCACUAGUUUAGGAGAUAAGUUUGUAUUCAAUGAGGAAUCAUUAGGAAUAUCUGAGCUAGAACAAAUGACUGGAGAAAUACAAAUUAACCUCCUCCUUUAGUUCAAAAAAUUCAAAUAACUCAUGUUAAACUUUGUUGGUCACUUUUACCUGCCUCUGUACUUUUUUUGUUGUUCUAAUCAGGAAGAACAUUAGGGCCUUUCUGGUAUCAAACACUAUGAAUCUCCACCAUUGUUUAUGCUGAUAACUCCCCCCCCCAAGAUGCUCAUAAUGCAUUUAUCCCUCUUCACAAAAGCUGAUGUGAACAUAUUCAAGGCAAAAGAUAUUUCAUCAAAAUUAGGACUUUUUUUAAAAAAAACUGACCAGUUUUCUCAGAAUUCUUAGUCUACAUUCAGACUUUUCAGUUUCGUUUUUCCCCCUCUAAAGUUCAUUUCUUUAGUUCUGGGUCGUGAACUUAAUGAAUAAUUUUCACUUCAACAAUCCAAACAGACCUGAUUCAUUGACCCAAGGUGCAAGCAAUAUCCAUUCUUAUCACUUAAGUAUAAACCAAAAGGUUUUUAAGUCCAUGCAAGUAUUCCCCUUGCCAUUUCUCAGCUUUACCUCUGUCCCUGACUAAUUCAGGUGGUAAUCUGAUGCACACUUACUUGGGAAUAAUACCCAUUGAAGUCAAUGGAACAUACUUCUGAAUAGAGAUGCAUAGGAUUGCCCUGUCAGUCACUGAAGUUAGUUUGCUCCAUGAGGAAGAAAGUGAAUUCUGUGAGGCAUUUAAAGUAUUGUAAACACUUCUGUGUGAAGUGUUCCAAAGUUCUCUGGGAGAUAAAACCAUCAUAUCUAAGUUCAAUUUUAGUUGCACAGAAAAUGGUGUGUCAGAAAAAUUAUCCAGUUUAAAAUACAAUAAAAUAAAGGAUUUGUAAGGCUCAUGUCACCUUAAAUCCAUUUUGCAUCCUUUGACAAGCCCACUUAACUUUUGAAAAACUUUGUGUUUGGUAUUUGAGGCUACAGCGAUGUUCUUAAUUUUGUCUGAUUUCCACCAAUAUUAUUUUGAAAAUAUUGUACCUCUGCAAGUGACAUCCUGGGAAUGUAUCCUGUACAGUCCCUAAUAAAAUGGGGAGGGGAGCAAAACCCACCCUCCCCUUAAUUUUGGAGGGAAUUGUGUAGGUCAAAAGGAGCUCCUCUGCUGUAGUGUACCAGCAUCAUAACUGCACGGAGAAGCUUGUGCAGCUCUUAAUAUUAUGCAAGAGUCUAUUGAUGGUAGGCUAAUUAACACUUUUCCCUAACAUGUAGACCCUGUACAUGAUUGGGAACAGGAAACACUCCCAUGAGUUCACAUGUGGAGAGUCCAUCACCAUAUGCAAAAAGUCACAUGGUAGUUCAUGUAUGCUGGGAGGAGGGAGAGGGCUACCAAGCCCACAGUGUUUAGAGGAUCUACGAUGGCACUCCUCUAAAAUGUCUGCUCGCUGCAAGCCCUAGAUCCUCUUCCCACUUUUUCUGUUCUAAUUUGACUCACUUGCCCCCUUGAACACACCCACAUAAUCCCAUAACAUGAUCAGAGCACCAAAAAAAUAAUAAACUAUUUCUUGCUUCCUUGACUUAUUUUGAUCCGGGGGGUGGGGAAGCUUGAAUAAAAACAUUUCCUAACAUCAAAAAGACCCAACACAAGUUGUCAUCUCAAUAAGAUGUCAUAUAGCUAAAAAGUGAACCACAAUUACUUUAGAGAAACUCGAAUUCCUGAAGGCAUUGUGCAGAGUGGGGAGCCAUUAUUUACCCCACUCUGUCUCUCUUUUUAUCACACAACUUGAAUCUGCACGCAGCUUCUUCAGUUUCUUGACAACAUUCAUCCACCACCCCAAGGAGAUUGAUCAGCACUUUGGUGUACAAUGGCAGAGUACAAUCAUUUCCUGAGGAAUUUUGUCCUUUCCCACCCAACACCUUUUAUAACCACAUUUUGGAUUUCCAUUCUAUAUUCUGUAUAUUUGCUAUUUUCUCCAGCUAUAACAGGUAUUUUAGGCAACCUGUGUGGCUACUGUAAUAGUGAAGUCACUGAACCUUUGCUAAAUAAAA